AUGCCAGUUGAUAGUCAUGCUGAUUUAAUUUCCGUAUCUCCACAACAAGAACGAGGUGUACAUUCAUUACGAGCACGAGGAGUGAAUGUUCUCUCAGCAAAAGAAAUGCCAAACAACAUGCGAGGCGAUAACACACACUUCUCUUUAAGAGGAGGAGGAAGAGGAGGAGAAACCGGAAUGGGAAUGAUCCCAAUUUCAAUAUUACAUGAAGAACAAACAUUAGGCAACUCAGAGGUGGUAAAUACAAGCACGAACAACAGUCAUAGUAGAGAUGAUGAGAGAAAAAUCUACAACUCUAAUAGAAUUAGUAGUUCUAGCGGUUCUAGCAAUGGAUAUGGUGAUAGUGUCGCCAGAAAUGCAUUUAUGCUUGGAGUGGGCCGUCAACGAGGUGUAACCCAAUUGAUGGAAUCACGAUUACAACAUCCAGCACAAACUGCAGUUAAUAGUAAUAAUAAUAAUAAUAAUAAUAAUAAUAAUAAUAUUAAUAAUAAUAAUAAUAAUAAUAAUAAUAAUAAUAAUUCUAAUCUUAACAGCAGUGCCACUACCACUUCCACAAGAACCGUACCACCUAGUAGUAGUAGUAGUAGUAAUCAUACCAGCAAUAACAGCCGCAAUUCCCAGAAUAAUAAUAAUAAUAAUAAUAAUAAUAAUAAUAAUAAUAAUAAUAAUAAUAGUCAUGUGCAUUACACUUCGAAUCCCUCUAGUGAUAUUAUGAGUAUGGAAAAAACAAAUAGAAUCGGCACAAACUCUGUUAGUGCUGUUCUUGCUGGUCAAUUUCCACGCCAUCAAACCUUCGGGCCUACACCUGUGGCUCGUGAAAUGAUAUUGGGAGAAAGAAGAAGACACUCCUCUGGUGUGGCCGCACGAACAAAGAAUGUGUUAGCUUCCUACAGAUCUAAUGGAUAUCCACUAACAGGAGGAGGCGGAGAAAAAAAAGGAGAAGAAAAAGAUGUGAUGGGAGCAAAACGCCCAGCAUCUUCAAAUGUUUUGACUCCAAACACUAUUAACAGUAUUAAUACUAUUAAUACUAUUAACAUAUCAUCAUCAUCAUCAUCAUCCUAUCAAAGGAAUGAGGGACAUUUGGGUAUAAAGACACCCACUUGGGCAACGGAAGAAGAACGACAAUAUGCAAAGAUUACUAAAAAAAUCACUUUGAAUCCAUCAGAGAAAAAGGAAGAAAAUAAUAAUAUUAAUAAUAAAGAAGAAGAACGGCCAUUACAAGAAGAGAAGGAGAAGGAAAGUAUAAAGGCACCUGUACCUCUUAAAGAACUUGGGAUCAAUCAACGACAAUCCAAUGAUACUAUCGCAUUUAUUCCUGCUCCUGUUUUUCUCCAGGAUGAUGAAAAGAGUGUACAAACACAGCCGAAAUUACAACAUAAAGGUAAUAAAGAGUCGUCCCUAACGAUUAACAGUAACACUCAAAUACAACUGGAGAAACUCCCAGUGGCUUCUGUGAGUUAUAUAAGUACCGAUACCACAGAUGUAGAGAGCUGUGUGAAGCUUCCUUCACUUUCCACCACAAUGCCAUUAGGACGUGCCUCUGGGAAUGUAGAAACUGAACAUCAGAAGAAAGAGCAAGAAACUGGGUCUUCAAAUAAUACUUUUUCUGAUGAGAUACCUUUAAGUGAAGAUAAUAAUAAAACUCAAAACUCUACUCAGAAUGAAUUAGACCUGAAACAGGAGUAUGAAAAGGCAGAGAAUCAGAAAUCUUCACAGGAAAAUGAGAUAAUAGUAGUAGAAAAAGAAAAAGAAAAAGAAAAAGGAGAAGAAAAUAAAGUAGAAGAAAGAGAAAAAGUAAAGUCAGAAAAAGAAGAAGAAGAGGAAGAAGAAAAAGAAAAACAUGCACAAAUACAUAAAGAGGAGCAGAAGCAGGAGCAACAUCAAAAGGAUCAAGAUAAUGAGCAACGUCAAGAAAAAGGAGAAGGAGAAGUAGUAGAAGAAGAAAAACGAUAUUCAAUUGCAAGCUCAAGGGAAGAUGAUCAGAUAUCUUCAGGUGGCCAUGAAUUCUCAUUAAAGAGUGAAAGUAGUAACCAGAGUAACCAGAUGGAUAAUGAUGAACUUCAAUUACAUAAUGGAGAACUUUAUCCUGUUGAGUAUACUGAAAAUCAUGAUGAUAAUACAACGGAGGUAGUGAAUAUCACUCCAGAUACAGGAAGUCCUUUUGGUGGAUCAACUGAACCUCAAUGGCUGCAGAUACCAACCUUAUUUUUUCUCGUUUUUAACCUAAUUAGACUUCAAGAGGUUCAACAAAAACGACAUCAAUGGUAUCAACAACAAAUGCAAGAACGUCAAUUUUCCUUGGAAAUGGAAGAACCUUCUGGUUCUAUGGUUUUACAACCAUGUGAAGAUCCUAUUCCCGCUCAUGCCUUUACACAAUUGUAUAUUCAACUUUCUCAUGCCGUGUUGGAGGUAAAUGGGGUAUUAUUAAAACGACAUCUCACUAGUUGGUCUGAUAAAUCAUUACGGGAUGCGGUGGCUCGUGUAGUAGGAACUUGGCAAAAAGGUGAACCUAAUAGUGCAGAAUUUGAGGAUGCCUCAUUUCAAUUGUUGAGUAUUGUUUCUGCAGAUCGUGGAGGUCGUGUGGAACAUACAACAUUAUUUUCAUUAUGGGAUUGUAUCGGUUCCAGUAAACGUGCACAUAUGUUAAUGGGGUGUACUGUUGGAUCUGUGUGUUUGGGAUUGAUAUCUCUUGUAUUACUUGCAUGUUUGGGAGAUAUGCAUAUAGCACUUCGUGUGGUUUUUACGGUAGUGACUGGUUUAGUGUUAAUACUAUUGGGGUUUGGUGGGAUGUUACUACUAGAUCACAAUGCUGUAUCAGGGGAAGUACGAGACUUUGCUCGUUUAGAACUUAUGAAUUCUGUAGAGACUGCCAUCAGUGAUUUUAACAAUGAUACUACUGCUAAAGAUAAUAAUAACAAUAAUAUUAAUAAUAACAAUAAUAAUAGUAGUAUUGCUAUUGGUUUUGGUGGUGGUCUUACUAGUAGUGGUGGUAGUAAUCCUAAUGAUGGUUAUAAUCAAUGUAAUAUUAACAAAUAUGAUGGCUAUGGAAAUGAUUUUAACAACCACCACAACCACUACCAACAACACCGUACACAUAAUAUAUAUGCAGGCAAUAUCAUUCAAAACCCAGAAUACGAAGUAGAUGAAUCAGCGGGUCUAUCAGGAUUGCCUAGAAGGAGCAGAAAUGGAUUUAUACCAAACCAUACUCUUAAUAAUGGGGAAUCAUGGGGUCCAAGAAUACCGAACAGUCUGAUGAGUACACAAGAAGGUACAACACACCGAAACCAUAAAAUAAUGACUAGUGGUGUUGGUAAGGGUAAUAUUAAUACUAAUACUAGUGCUGCUAGUAGUGCUGUUGCUAGUCCUUAUGCUAACUCAACAGGUUUGGAUAAUGACAAUGAUGAUGGUUAUGAUGCCAAUGAAAGACUUUCCAAUACACAUGUUAGACAACAAUGGCAUGAAUGGAAUAGAACUAGAAGAGAUGGUCAAAAUGGAGAUGAUGCUUUAUCAUGUGCCUCACAUCAAACAGACGAGGCUUUACUUAAAAGUGAUCGUUAUAAUGCACUUCUUAUGAGUUUUGUUAGUUUUGAACAACAACAAAUGGCAGAAGAACGUAUGAAAGAUAUGAUGGUGCGUAGUCAUAUAGGCUUUGGAGGUGCAAAUCCCAAUCAUCAUCAUCAUAAUCAUAGUCAUCAAGGAUCACCACAAGAACAACAACAACUUCAGGGGAAUGAUAUGAUAGUAGAUCCUAAUACUAUUCCAAAUAAUACAAGAGGAGAAGAGAAUUUAGAGGAACUCUCUUUUCUUCCUGGUAUUCGUAGUAAUCUUCACGCUAUCGCUUCGAAUCAGGAUCACGAUGAUCACGAUGAUAAUGAUGAUGAUGAUGAUGAACAUGAGGGUUUUAUAGAAGGCGAUGAUAAUGCGAGUGAAUUGAAGAAAAUUACUCCAGAUUCUGGUUCACUAGCACAUUUUCAUUUACAUGCAACUCGUGGUAGUCUAAUGGGUAGUGGUUUGGAUGGACUUUCUAUUACGGCAUUAGUUUACUGCCGCAGUCAAGAUUUACGUGAGGAUGUAUACAAUGAAUUAUGGAAUCGUAAUUUCCUUGUAUUACAACGAAGUACAUUAGGAGCUCUGGAUGCCGCUUUUCAUCGUGGUUCUGAGCGUUUUAAAGUAUUUCUCCUACACGCCCCUGAUCUUGAUGAGAUGCAAUUACAAAUGGCACUUAGUUGGCUACAACAACACCGUCGUCCGGUAUUCUUUUUCACAGCAGCACUUGGAACUAUGCCUUCUCAAGUACCGUAUGGAGCUCGAUUGGAGAUUCCUCUCACCCCACGUGAUGUGGAGUUGUUACUACUCUCUGGUAUUGGUGUAGAUGAGGAGAUGAACAGUGUGAGUAUCUUUCGCCCAAGCAAGCAGUUUAAGGUUCCACCGUAUACACUUGGUAGACGUCUUGGUGGUGGUGCUUAUGGAAAUGUAUUUGAAGCUGAAAUGGAAUUAACAGGAGCACGAUGUGCGGUAAAACGUAUGUAUUUACGUGGUGAUCGUGAUGAUGGUGAUGUGUUGCGAGGAUCUGAUAGUCAAUUAAAGGCAAUUGCCCGAGAAGUAGAUAUUAUGAGUUCCUUAAGUCAUCCAAAUAUUGUACAGUAUCUCUUCUGUGAACGGGAUGGAAAUUGUGUUUCUAUCUUUAUGGAACUUUGCUCUGGUGGUUCUUUACGUACACGCAUCGCACGUGAAGGAGGUGGAUUACGUGGGGCAGAUCAAAUUAAACAUAUUUUACGUGAUGUCAUUGGAGCUGUUGCCUAUUUACAUGGUAAACACAUUGUUCAUCGGGAUUUAAAACCAGAGAAUGUUCUCUUUCGUGAUGGUCGAGCUAAAGUAAGUGACUUUGGUACUGCUGUCUUUAAAUGUGGAGGGAUUCGACAUGUGGAAGGGACAUUUGCAUAUAUGGCCCCAGAGGUUUUAUUAGGCGAAACGUAUGGAAAAGCCUGUGAUGUUUGGUCUAUUGGUUGUAUUGCCGCCGAGGCACUUUCAGUGCCACUUCCACAUCGUUCAUUAGGAUUACCAGAGUUGUGUGAAAUGUAUCGUCGAAUGUCUUUAGAUGCAACGCUGGAGUUUGAAUGUGAUGAACCAACGGUGUGUGAUUUCUUACGACUGUGUUUACGGCGAGAUCCACGACGACGAUGUGCGGUGGAGCAAUUACUCGAACAUCCCAUGUUAAGUGAAGAGGAUGAGGAAGAGGAUCUCUCCGUGCAGCGUUGGAUAUCCGCCUGCAGUGAACGACGUCGAUUACAACAUCAACAGCAAUUACAACAACGAACGGUGGUGGUGGGGGGAAGUCCUGUUCUCAUCGCCGGACAAACCGGAAGCGACGGCACUGUUGUGAUUGGAGGAAAUGGAAAUGGAAGUGGAGGAAUAGUGGGAAGUGGUGGGGGUUUACACUUCACUCGUGUGAAUUCACAGUUGGGGUCCAUGAGUGCGAUUUCGCUUCGAUCGGCAGAUUUACUUGGGGGGCGAUGUACACCGCGGCAAAGCCCCACCACACCGCCAUUAUUGGACGAGAGAAAUAAAGAAAAGUAA